AUGACUUUGGGUACAAAGAAACCCAAGGUCCCCGACGCAGGCCACACCAGUGAGAGUGAAGAGACCCGGGAAGCCUGCUCCAGGAGACCCCGGAGGAGGAGCACUGGGCGCAGCAAGCGGCCCAGAUCCAGGUCUCCAGGAGACCAGCCGCCUCCACUUCGGAAAACCCUGGUGACCUCCCUGCGCACCAUAUCUGAGGCCAUUUAUCAGGACGUAGUUCAGGCGCAGAUCCAGCAGGCGCAUUCGCCGCUGCCCUGGGAGCAGCUCGCCCAGCUCGCCCGGCUCCGGGGGCCUCUGUCCGACCUGGUGCAGACCUUCUACGCCAUGGCCACCCAGGCGGCCUAUGUCUUCCCUGCUGAGGGCUGGCUGCUCCCAGCCCCACUCCCAGGUCCCCAGGGCCCAGCUGAGAAUGGAGGAGAAGCCCGGAGCUCCUCCCAGGGGGGAGAGUGGUGCCCCUCUUCCCCCGAGAGGAGACAGCUGAGGCUGUCAGAGGACCCGAUUAGGCUUCAGUGA